AAUGAAAAAGGCAUAAGAGAGCCUACUAUAUAUAAUGCUUCUUAGAAAAUUCCUUUCAAGUCAAGUAGAUAGUUAUCAGAGAACAUGAUGGUAUCCUCCAUUUCCAAUAUUUCCAAUUUCAUAUCCGGUGUUGCUGCAGUAGCGGUAGCAGCAGCAGUAGUAUUAACCCAUUGUGCUUCCCUUGUUGUGGGCUCUGUUGAAUAUUCUCCUAAGCAAGAAGCAAAGGCUUUGCUUGAAUCUGGAUGGUGGAGUCAUGAAUAUCUCAACUCCACUACCACAACUCCUUGCAAGUUGCCUGGUAUUACUUGCAAUCCUGCUGGAAGCAUUACACAUGUUUCUCUACAAGGGUAUCCUCCUCUAUAUGGACGCAAACUUGGGAGAUUUCUUAAUGGCUCUUCGUUUCCGAAUUUAGUCCACUUGGAUCUUGCUAAAGCUAGACUCAUUGGGAGCAUCCCGCCAGAGAUCAGCACUCUUUCGAAGCUCACCCACCUCAACCUCUCUCAUAAUUAUCUUUCAGUGUUCUACAAAUGUGGGUGCAAAAAUAAAAAGAUCAAAUCACUUGACGAGACAACUGCAACAAAGAAUGGAGAUAUAUUUUCAGUAUGGAAUUAUGAUGGGAAUUUAGCAUACAAAGACAUCAUCCAAGCAACGGAGGAUUUCGAUAUAAGGUAUUGCAUUGGCACAGGUGGUUAUGGAAGUGUUUACAGAGCACAGUUGCCUAAUGGCAAAGUGGUUGCUUUGAAAAAACUGCACACUUCAGAGGCCGAAGAGCCUGCUUUGAGAAUGAGUUUCGAGACCGAGGUGAAAACAUUGACAGAAUUGAAGCACCGAAACAUUGUGAGACUAUAUGGAUUUUGUUUGCAUAAAAGGUGUAUGUUUUUAAUUUAUCAAUACAUGGAAAGAGGGAGCUUGUUCUGUGUCCUGAACAAUGAUGUGGAGGCUAUGGAAUUAGAUUGGAAGAAAAGGGUGAACAUUAUCAAAGGCAUAGUGAAUGCAUUGUGUUAUUUGCACAAUGAUUGCACUCCACCAAUUGUACAUCGUGACGUAACCACCAACAAUGUCCUACUCAACUCAGAACUAGAAGCUGUUGUAGCUGAUUUUGGCACUGCAAAACUCCUCGAUCCUAAUUCCACCACUCAAACCACCAUACUGGCCGGUACUUAUGGUUAUAUUGCUCCAGAGCUUGCCUACACCAUAGCUGUAACUGUAAAAUGCGAUGUUUAUAGCUUUGGAGUGGUGACACUUGAAACGCUGAUGGGAAAGCAUCCAAAGGAAAUUUUGUCAUCAUUAUCAUCAUCUUCAACACAAAAUCUAAAGCUAAUUGAAAUAUUAGACCAACGUUUAGCACCCCCGAGAAGUCGGUUGGCUGUACAUAACGUUGCUCUUGUUGCCUCAAUUGCAUUUGCAUGCUUAAAUGCUGACCCAAAGCUUCGACCAACAAUGGAUAGUGUUUCCAAACAAAUUGUUGAGCGCAGGACACCACUAGCAGAUCAUUGUUUCCAUGAAAUUACGAUAGGACACCUCAUGAACCCAUAGAUGGCUAAAAUUUAUUGAGGAGUCAGAAAUCAGUUCAGUUCAGCUUUGUUACUUUGCAUUUUGUGUUGUCCUCCCUGAAAAUUUUCGUUUGUGUUAAAAUGCAUGAAUUUUGACUAUCCUUUAGUUUUCAACAUGUUACUAUUGAAGGGUUUAUGCUAUGCUAUUUGAAAUGGUAAACAUUAUUUAUAUUUGUUAUGUAAACAUUAUUUAUAUUUAUUA